AUGGCAAGAACAACAUUCACAACCAUCACGCCCCUCCCCCCCAACAUCCCGCGGCAGGUCGUCAUCGACUUCCUGCACGACCACCUGGAGAUGAUCGACCUGAACCCGCUCAUCAAGGAGCGCCACGCCAUCUCGCCGCCGGCCAACUCGCCGCCCGAGGAGCACCGGUGCGUGUGGUACUCGCUCACCGACCGCAUCGACUACCUCCCCGGCGGCGUCGUCUCGGGCCAGGUCUCGUACACCUGCGCCUUCAACGACCUGCCCGAGGGCUUGCAAACCCACUGCUACGCGCCCAUGGGGCUCGACAUCCGCGACCGCUGGUCCGUCGGCGGCACCUUGCCCGGUGAGCCCGUCGAGCCCGUCGAGCUGGGCCUCAACGCGCCCUUGUCCGGCUUGUAUCUAAGGGAGGAUGUGGAUCUGCGCUGCAACAUGCUCAUGGCCGCAUUCGUCAAGAAGACGCUCAAGAAGUCGCACGGCUCGCUGGUCGACCGCCUGGCCGCAAAGGCCCAGAUCGUCUCCGCCAACCAGUCCAGACAGAGCGUGGCAAUCUCCACGCCCAGCGCCCUGCAGUCGCCCAGCGUUCUCCAGUCGCCCACGCCGGCCUCAAUCCGCUCUGACAGCUCCGGCGUGCCCUCGAUGGGCCCUCUACUGCCUCCUAGCACGGGGAACCACCAGGGUCUAGUUCCGGGCCUCGCCACGCCACCACCAUCCCUGGCGCCAUACAGAAAUAGCACUGCGCCCUAUCUAGUAGCACCCCCAGAGACGAAUGGCAGUCUGGGCCUCCCAGACGACUUCCCCGGGGCAACCUCACAACAAGGAGGAUUGAGGCACUCGGGGACCGUGUACCGCGGGACCAGCAAGCCCCAUGACUAUGACGAGUUCCCAAGCAUGAACCCCUACGAAGAGAAAAUAGACUCUUCUCGGGAAGAGAACCCGCCGACCCCAGAGUUGAACGGCGCGUACCCUGCUCCUCUUAAGGUUCAGCACGACCGGCGAGCGCGGCCAGCGGAGCUUCAGUGA